UGGACGGCCAACUUGGCGGCCGUUUCAGGCGGAGAGGCCGAGGGUGUUGUUGGUAAAAAUUGUAAGGCCGGUCCGGUGUUGGUUGGCUGACGGAAAUGUGGGGAUUUCCCUCGAAUUCGCGGUGUCUGCUGCCGCCGGACAGUCCUCUUGGCGCCCGUCGAGUACGCACGGACAACAAGAAUGGCGUAACUCCGGGAUGGAGCCGAGUUUCUUCCAGGGACCUCGGCGUUUUGGUGCUCGCCUUCUUCUGCGCGGCUCGGACCUGUGGGGGAUACAAUUUAGAUCUGCGCUUCCCGGUCAUCAAAGAGGGCAAGACCAACGGCAGCUUCUUCGGCUUCUCCGUGGCGCUGCACAGACAGACAGCCGGAGAGCAGAGAUACCUACUCUUAACGGGAGCUCCGAAAGAGAAGGCACUGCCCCAGGUGAAGGCAAACGAGACAGGAGCCAUCUACUCCUGUCCAGUGACCACUGACCCAGAUGACUGUACCAGAAUGGGCCUGGUCGAUGCAGUGGAGAACACCGAGAUGGUGGAGGGGAUGUGGCUGGGCGUGACCGUGGCCAGUCAGGGAGGGCCGAACGGGGGCCGUGUGCUGGCCUGUGGCCACCGCUUUGUGAAGAUCACGUGGUCGGGCUCGAUGGAGCAGAGGCGGAUGAUCGGGCGGUGCUUCGUCCGAGGGAACGACCUCCAGUACGACGCCAACGACGACUGGCAGACCUCCCGCUACGAGGUGUGCAACCCCAACCACGACAUGGAGCUGGAGGGCAUGUGCACCAUGGGCAUCUCCGCGGGCAUGACGGAAACCGACGUGUACAUCGGCGCUCCGGGGAGCUUCCUGUGGCAAGGAAAUGUCCAUAACACCUGGAGGAACCCCCAGGAGUCCUGGGACUCGAAUGAGAAGUCUUUCCCUGACCUGCGUGGCCAGCGAUACCUCUACAUCGGGUAUUCCGUCCUGCAAGAGCAGAACGUCCUGCGGAAGAACUCGUACACGCUGAUCACCGGGGCGCCGCGCAACGAGAGCCGGGGCUCGGUGAUGCUGGCCGAUAUCGAUGCCACCCUGACCCCCCGCGUGGUCCUGUUGGGGGAGCAGCUGGGCUCCUACUUCGGGAGCAGCAUAGCGGCCACUGAUCUGAACAAGGAUGGGUGGAACGACCUGAUCGUCGGGGCCCCCUUCUACUUCCACCACAAGAGGGAGCAGGGCGGCUCGGUGUACGUCUUCAUGAACGAGAACGGCUCCUUCCGGGACGGGGCCAGCGUGGUGCUGCCGGGCGCCCCCGGCUCCGGGUUCGGCAUCGCCGUCGCCGCCAUCGGGGACAUUAACCAGGAUGGCUUCCAAGAUUUUGCAGUCGGAGCCCCUUUCGAUGGCUCGGGGAAGGUGUUUAUCUGGUGUGGCCGUAACAAGGGGAUUUCUGCGGAAUACAGUCAGGUGAUUGAGGGGCAAGAGGUGGGCAAGGGUGGAUUCAUGACCUUUGGCUACUCCAUCGCCGGGGGGCUGGAUGUGGAUGACAACAGCUACCCUGAUGUCCUGGUGGGCUCUCUGGACAACAAGAUAGCCCUGCUCAGGGCUCGGCCAGUCAUUAAUCUCUCCACGACGUUUGCCGUUGAGCCCAAGAUCGUGGACCCCAGUAAAUGUACCUCAAACUCCUGUAUCCAAGUGAACCUGUGCUUCUCCUACACACUGAGCACUGGCAACAAGAACUUCAAGAGGAACAUCACUCUGGCUUAUGACCUGAGUGCCGACAGGGACCGGCGAAGCCCACGAGUCCGAUUCCUCAGCAACAACCAGAACACCUACAGAGGCUCCUUCUCCAUGCCCGAGACCAGCUGCCAGACCCUCGAGCUCGUCCUGGUGGACAGUAACAUCCAAGACAAGCUGCACCCUGUGGUGUUCGCUCUGAACUUCUCGCUGGCGGAGCAGACCCAGAGGGGCAGGGGACGCCGGGCCCUGCAGAACCUGGACGGGUUCCCCAUACUGAGAGAGGGGCACAAACUCUCGGAGACCGCCGAGAUCAAUUUCCAGAAGGACUGCGGCGAUGACAACAGGUGCAGGAGUAACCUGCAGCUCUCGGCGCUGUUCGCCAGCGAGCAGCAGGUACCCCUCCCCAGUCAGGGCGGCCUGCAGGUCCUGCAGUACAGCACCAGUGUGAAGAAGCUGCUGCUGGUGGUGAACGUGACCAAUCUGCCCUCGGGGGCCGCGGAGGCGGAGGACGCUCACCGGGCCGAGCUGAACGUCACCAUCCCCGCCGCGCUGCGCUACUCCGGGGUGCGCUCCAGCCACUCGGACAAGAAGAACAUUGUUUGUUCUGCAGACGAGACGUUGCUUUGCCAGCUGGGAAACCCCUUCAAAAGCAAUGAAAAGGCCACAAUCCUGAUUAUCUUUGAGACCUCGGGAAUCAACUUGUACACGGACAAGAUAGAGACCCAGCUCCAGCUGUCCACGCUGAGCGAGCAGAGCGACCUGAACCCUGUGCCGGUGCUGCUGCAGGUCGUGUACUCCGUAGACGUCACCUUCUCUAUGACGCAGUCUCAAGUGAAGACCUCCUUCAGUGGGACAGUGAUGGGCGAGUCAGCCAUGAAGCAGACCAGGGAUAUAGGAAGCCCGGUGGACUUCACCUUCAAGGUCCAGAUUCAAGGGGAGCCCCUGGGCUCCAUCGGCACGUUAGAGGUGGAGAUCGACUGGCCCUACGAGGUGCCCAACGGCAAGUGGCUGCUGUACCCAACGGAGGUGGUGACCAGGGGCACAGCUGAGACUCGCUGCGUGCCGCCUGGCGACAUCAUCAACCCACUCAACUUGACUCUGUCCAGCACCGACUCCGGCCGGCGGAAGAGAGAGGCCGAUGGGAAGGAGAAGAAGGUGGAGCCCCAGGCGGCCAUCACGGUCCAGAAGGCCAAGAAAGAGGACUUCCUGCUGGACUGUGCCGUCUCGACGGCCAGGUGCGAGAAGUUCACUUGCCCUCUGCGCAACAUGAGCAACGAGGCCCAGGUGACCGUCAGAGCGCGCGUGUGGAACAGCACCCUGCUGGAGGACUACAUCAACGCCUGGCAGGUGAAGGUGAAGGGCAGGGCCACCCUGAAGCUGCAGACGGACAAGCCCACCAUCAGGAUGAGCCAGCAGACGACGGAGUUUGAAGUGCAAAUUCUGCCCGUGCUGGGCAAGGAGGUGCCCUACGAGAUUCCGCUGUGGAUCAUCAUCGUGGCGGUGCUGGCUGGCGUGCUGCUCCUGGGCUUAAUCAUCCUGCUGCUCUGGAAGUGUGGCUUCUUUAAGCGAGCCAGCUACUACAGGAUAAUGCCAAAGUACCAUGCUGUGAAGAUCCGCAAGGAGGAGCGCUACCAGUUCAACGAGGGCUUCCUGACCAGGAGUACCAGGAAGAAGCACUGGGUCACCAACUGGACCGAAAUGCAACGCUAUUACUACUAAUCCCUCUAGCCCCUCCCCCUGGUUUCUGUGGGAACUCCUCAUUGGAAGAUGGGGAACUGCACUGCACAAGCUCCGCCUCUCUGAAGCCUGGGCGUGGCCAGUCCUGCCCAAUAGGGUUGUGGCGUCCCAGCCGGAAGGCGACUGCUGAGUUUCCUGUACCUUUACCGACGGUAGGGGAGAUGAGGUAAAUGCCUGAGCUGGGCUUAUCAGAAUAUUUUGUUUUCUAGUGCAAUAUUGUAGUAGCUAUUCUGUUCAGACAGGAUAGUCACAAAUUUCAAAAUAUUUUGAUAGAGUUUAAAAAAAAAAACAUUUUAAAGGGGCUAUACUUUUAUUUUUUUCAUGUGUGAAACCACUCCAUUUCAAAAAUAUAUUUUCUUAUUGGAUCUUUUUGUGCCUAAACUGCCUCAAGCCUAACACCUCCCUCCCAGUUGCACACUGCUUGAAUUUGACUCAGAGAUGCCAUUUUUACCUUAGGCUUGUCUAGGGAUUGAAAACCGUGGUGAGCUGACCCCCAGCAUUGUUCCAGUGCUGUAAUAGGAUUUAAAACUGGUUGUCAUUUUACCCCCCGUUACCUUUUGAAGUCCUGGCUUCAGAUUUUGCGCAACUUGUGCAACUUGUGAUGCUGCUAUUGGGACUUCAUAUUGUCGCGUCCUGGUGCCUUGUUUUUAAUCUCGAAUCGCCAGUUAGUUUUGAAACCCGCUGAUGGCCAGCUGUGUGUGUGUGUGUGGCCUUGCUGUCCCACACUGCAGCAGUACAGGCUGAGCCACUCGCCUUUUAACACGUCACUGGCGCGCCCUUCUGUCCUUCUGGCUUGUGGGUCACGGGGCGUCACUGCCUGGGGAUCCCCGAUUAGGGCUCUCCGGUUGACUGGAGGGGUUCUGUGCCCUUGAACACUGGACUUGACAGUGAGACGUUAUCGAGAGCUGUAGCCCACAGGGCUCUGCAGGAGCUCCAGGGCUCCAUGUUGCCUUGAAAAUUUUCUGACUUUAAAAGUGAAAAUGUACUUGAUUCUGUCGAAUUCCAAACUGUUCUAGGCCUCUAGUAUAUUUAUUCUGCAUUGUUUUACAACCUGCUGGAUAUUGUGAGUGAAUGAAAGGGGCUUUGAAGUGUUUAAUUUGAUAUUGACAUGUUCAGUUUGUUUUUCAUGCAUACGUUUUAUAAAAGGUAUAGAUGGUUUAAUAGAGAAAUGUGAUUCAAACCUGUGAAUUGUUUGGUUUCAAAUUGUCUGUCACAAUCCACUGUAAACCAGGUAAAGAUAUACAGCUCUCACAUGGUGAAAAGCUGUUGGAUACUGCACUCCAUUU